AUGAAUUAAUUGGCUCUCGAUAAAGUGAAACAAUUCGAGAGUAGCUCUGGUCUUAAUUCUCCUUUGAGUAUGACUUUCAGAUUGUCAACCACUUUAAGAUAACAUGGUCGAUAAGUGAGAAGAUAAAAAUCACGAAGUUAAUUAAAGCCUUUUGUUUUACAUUAGAAAACAAUAAAGGGGCCAUUUCGAAGGAAAAGCUGUUACUGCGAUGAAUGUGGGCAAUUGGGAACAUUUUAAUAUAAAUGCAUGAACAUAAAGGGACCUAGGCCUUAUCGAAAAGCAAUUCUUACGAGAAGAGCCUCCAACUAACACAUGUAUUUAGUUUAAUUAGAAUGAUUAGACAAUCAGCUUAACCUAAAUCUGUGUAACGAAUAAAACAAGCAUUGAAAAAAAUGAAGACUUAUGAUGAAAGUAAAAUAAACGCAAUGCAGGAUAACAAUAAAAGCCCAUAGACUUUAUAAAUUAUAUAGGAAUAAAUGACAAAAUUGCAUUCUUAUUUCUCAAGACAAUAAUAAUAGCAAAUAAAAGUGUAUUAAUUAGCAUAAUAUACUCCAAACUGUUCUCCAAAACAUUCAAAAACGCCUAGAAAUUUACCUUACUUGUCGCCUUAUGUGACACUGAGGAAAAUAGAUUCACAAUUACUUAAACCAAUAAAGCCAGCUCAAUUAAUGUAAUAGAGAUCGUAACUAUUGACUUUGCAUAGAACCAAAUAUCAUCAGAAAACAUUGUCAACUGUUAGUCCACUCUGA